GUCAAAGAAGAGGGGUGGUUAGGGUGUAGCAUGGGGUAACACUUUGGCAUGUGGUGGCGGGUGAGUAUUUCGCUUCUCAUGCUGAAGUAGGGGAACACAAUUUGAAGAACAUUGAGUGAUCUACAUUUUACUCAGCUAUGCAUUUUCAGGAGUGGUUACAGUCCCUUCACUCCAGUGGGGGGGUUCGGGGACCUGUGAGGGAGGACUUCUGGAGCCUUCUCCCCUCUCUCCCUUCGUCAUCCUCUUUCUCCCUCUCGUCCCUCUCUCGGUCCCCCUCCUCUCUGCUGGGUAUAGGGGCUCUGGCCUCCCUCACUGCAUACUGGCUGGUGACCCGCCGUCGGCCCAUGCAGCCCCCCUGUGAUCUCAAUGCCCAGUCUAUCGCUGUACAGGGAGAGCCCAAUUGGAGGCGUUCAGCUUUGCUCAAGGACGAUGCCCUGUUGGAGUUCUACUAUGAUGACACCAGGACAGCCUAUGACAUGUUCCAGAGAGGACUGAGGGUGGCAGGGAAUGGCCCAUGCCUUGGCUUCAGGAAACCUGGGGAACCUUACCAAUGGAUCUCCUACACUGAGGUGGCUGAACAGGCACAGGUGCUGGGCUCUGGGCUUUUGGGCAAAGGCUGCCAACCAAACCCUGAGCAGUUUGUUGGAAUAUUUGCCCAGAACAGACCAGAGUGGAUCAUUUCAGAGCUGGCCUGCUACACUUUCUCUAUGGCCGUGGUGCCCCUGUAUGACACACUUGGAGAGGAGGCCAUGGUGCAUAUCCUCAACCUGGCGGAGAUCUCACUGGUGAUCUGUGACAAGGAGGAGAAGGCAGAGUCCCUUCUGGUGAAUAAGGAGAAAGGUGCAACACCCACUCUCUCCUGUCUGGUGCUCUUUAAUGACUGCAGUGAUGCCAUAGUGGAGAGGGGCAAGAACUGUGGAGUGGAGAUCCUAGAACUCACACAGCUCAUGGUACUUGGACGACGGAACCUCAAAGAUCCUAUGCCCCCGAAACCCCAGGACCUGGCAGUCGUGUGCUUCACCAGUGGAACCACAGGAAAGCCGAAGGGAGCCAUGAUCACCCACGGCAACAUCGCCUCCAACUCCUCCUCUGUUAUUAAGAUCCUGGAGGGGUCAUUUUUUAUUCGGCAAGAAGACGUGUCAAUCUCUUACUUGCCUCUUGCCCACAUGUUUGAGAGGAUGAUUCAGGUGUCCAUGUUCUGUCAUGGGGCCAGGGUAGGAUUCUACCAAGGGGAUAUCUCCCUACUCAUGGACGAUAUUAAGACUCUGAAACCCACUUUCUUCCCAGUGGUGCCUCGCCUACUCAACCGCAUCUACGACAAGAUCUUAGGGUCUGUGACGUCCCCAUUGCGCCGGGCAGUGCUGCACUACGCAGUGAGGAGGAAGCAGGCUGAGCUCAGCAGUGGGGUUGUACGUAACAACAGUCUGUGGGACAGGCUGGUAUUCAACAGGAUUCAGGCUAAUUUAGGAGGUAAUCUGAGGUUCAUCCUGACUGCCUCGGCCCCCAUCUCCCCCACCGUGCUCUCCUUCCUCAGGGCCACCCUCGGCUGUCUGAUCUUUGAGGGUUACGGGCAGACUGAAUGCACAGCAGGCUGCACCUUCUCCAUGCCAGGAGACUGGAGUGCAGGCCAUGUUGGCGCUCCCCUGCCCUGUGCAAUGGUGAAGUUGGUUGACAUCCCUGAUAUGAACUAUUAUACCAAGAACGGAGAAGGAGAGAUCUGUAUCCGUGGCCACAGUGUGUUCCGGGGUUACCUGAAGGAUGAGGAGAAAACUGCAGAGGCCCUGGAUAGUGAUGGCUGGCUGCACAGUGGAGAUGUGGGCCAGUGGUUACUGAACGGGACACUUCGCAUCAUAGACAGAAAGAAGCACAUCUUCAAGCUGUCCCAGGGAGAGUACAUUGCCCCUGAAAGGAUUGAGAAUGUCUACAUGCGUUGUGUCCCUGUGCUACAGGUCUUUGUGCACGGUGACAGCUUAAAGUCUCACCUGAUUGGUAUUGUUGUGCCAGACCCAGAAGUGUUUAUUGAUUGGGUUAAGGAGAGGGGAAUCAUUGGAUCCUACAAGGAGCUCUGCCAGCAUCCAGAUGUGAAGAAAGCAGUGUUAGAAGACAUGACAGCCGUGGGGAAGGAAGCUGGGCUGAAGUCUUUUGAGCAGCUGAAGGACCUGCACCUGCAUCCAGAGAUGUUCAGUGUUAGCAACGGCCUUCUCACCCCCACUCUGAAGAGCAGACGAGUGGACAUCCGCAGGGUCUUCCAGGAACAAAUCACAAACAUGUACAGCACAACAGCCAUCUAGUAGACCUCAAUCCAAUGUAAUACACUCACUCACUCCACUGACAUUUACAUGAACUGUAUGUUUCCUGUCACUAGACAAAGAUAUGCAGUUUGCUGGAUCUCACUGUCUAUAGUACUAAAAACUGAGCAUGUAGCCAAGACAACAGCCAUUCCUACAGUACUUAGCACAAAUACUAUCAAACACGUUUGGUACGGUUUCAGGGAAUUUCAGUUUGACUCCACUUUCAGUUCGACACCAUGCUGCUUCUUGUACAUCAGUAUGUUUAAAUGUAUUUUCAUUGUUUACAUAUCAUAGACAGAGGAACAACAAUGAAUGGGAACAAACUAUUUUUGCUCCAAUGUUGUCCACGCAGAAAACCUAGCCAUAGCUACAGCUCCACUGUAGAGAGCAGUGGGCAAGUAGACACUACCUGGGCCUGCAAGUAGGCACUACCUGGGCCUGUUAUUGGCCUCCUGGAUCACACUUCCGUCCUUCUGAUUAAUAUAGAGAAUCUAAACCUCUGGAAGGCUGCUUUUGAAGUGUACAUUACUUACUCUGAUUCUAGAUAUGACUGUUUAGUGUUCUCAGUGAAUGAGUUACAGUAGCUCAGACCACCGUCAUAUGAGGGAUUAAAGUGAAAUGUUCCCCUUUAUUGUUUAUGUAGUUUCCAUUAAAUAGUCAAUUUGUAAAUGGUAAGUAUAUUUUUAGCGGUAAACAUUAAGAAUGCUGAUGAAAUAGGCUCACUAGCCACUAUUUUAACUAACAAUUCCCAAUAAUGUAGAAAUAUUCUUGUACGUUUUCCUGAAUAAAGAAAUGAUGAUUGUCA